UAAAUCAUGUCCAAAUUAACAGUAGAAUAGAAUAUGGACGUUUUAAAAAAAUGUUUCUUCAUAACAUAUUAUCAUCACCUUCAAGUUUUAUCCUCAUCUAAACAGAUUAGUAGAAUAAACAAUGAAGAAGAAAGUUCUUGGGAUAGGAUAUAUAUACUGAAAGAACUGUUCAAUCUAACUAUCUAAGUGCAUUCGGCAAGAGUCUAUUCAUCCCUAAGACUUUGGCAGUUCUUGGCACAACAAUGGUUGGAGAAGGGAAACAAUCACGGAGCAAACUAUAUCAUACUUAGGUGUUAGGUACUAAAACUAUAUAUCCAAAGCAUAAAUAUUUGAACCUUCAUUAUUGUAGUCGCGUCAUGGAUGAUGUAGUCUAAGAAUAGAGGGUGGAAUCUUCUUGCAAAAGUAUUAAGUUGACAGAAAUGAACAUAUUUUGCACUCGGCUUAUAUAGCUAAUUGUUAAGAAUAUAACGAUAUAUAAGACCAAUUCAGAAUUGGAAAUUCUAAUGAGAUCAUAGUAAGAUGGUUUCAUUUCGAUGGAAUUAGAGUAAUAUUUUAGCGAAUUGUGUGUAAAGGAAAAUACUUUGCUAUGGAACCUGAGAAUCUGGCGGAAACAUAUUGGUCAUCACGAAAAGUAUCUGUCAACUAGUGCAGAUAGAUUCGCAACACUUUGGUACCGUUACUGUAACUAGCAGUGAAGGCAAGUUACCUCUGGAAACUCAACCUUCAUCCAAGGAUCAUGAACUUUGUGUGGAGAUUGAUGAGGAACUCCCUCCCAACAAAGCUUAAUCUUCAAAGGAGAGGUAUGAAUUGUCUAGCUCUUUGUCCUAGAUGUUAUCAGAGAGAGGAAUCUGAUUUGCACUUGUUUAGAGAUUGUGAUUUCGCCCAAAGAUUUUGGUUUUUGACAUCCCUUUCUUUAAGGCCAGAGAUGGGGAACCAGGUGAGUCUUCAAGCAUGGGUUGAAGAUAUGCUAAAGGUUCUAGAUAGAGACCCAAGAGGUUUUUUUUGCACGUGUUUGCAUGCUAUCUGGAAAGCUAGAAAUGCCUUAGUUUUUGAGUAUAAACACAUUGAUUUGGCCGAGUUAGUAGAGCUAGCAAAAAAGAAUUUUGUAGAUUAUGGCCUGGCUAUUUCAGCUGCAACUCUUGGAACCACAAUCUCAAGUAGAGAAAAUAAGGGCGGAAACUCCUCGUGGUUGGCUCCUCCAAAUUCUCUGAAGAUUAAUACAGAUGCUGCACUUGUGGCAAACAAGAUGGCUGGUGCAGGGGCUGUGGUGAGGGAUUCGGAUGGUAUCAUUCUUGCUGCAGCAACUUGGAGAAUCGAUUCGAGUGUGGAACCUCAUGAAGUCGAAGCUCAAGCUUGUUUUUUAGGUAUGCAAUUAGAGAAAGACUGCUGUUUUUUGGAUAUUGUGCUUGAAUGUGAUAACUCUGAAGUGAUUCUAGCUCGAAAGAAUGCAAGGGUGGGGGACAAUUAUUUUGGUUCUUGUAUAGCUGAUUGUUUCAGCUUGAUUAGCAGCUUUAGAUCAGUGAGUUUUUUGCAUGUAAAGAGAGAGAGAAAUAGAGUGCCACAUACUUUAGCUAACCUUGCUCUUACCAGUCCUAAUUUGUUAGGAAAGCACUCUUAA